CGCAGCAUAAAUUUGACAACUUUGAGUAAGCCGGCGAACUCAAUAAGACAGAUUUAUCUUGUUGUCAAACUUGAAUUUUCUUCUCUACUGAUGCGGAUCUUUGUUAGUUUUCAGAUUAACUGUUAUGGCAAGAAAAGGAUACAACAAGAUAUCUCCCAGUGAAGAUAAAGAAGAAGUCAGCUUCGUGUCUCUUCUUUUCUUUCAAUGGAUGAAUAGUAUCUUCAAGAUAGGCAGUGAACGACCAUUAGAUGAGAAUGAUCUUUUACCCCUUUCAAAAGAGAAUUCUUCCACUUUUCUGACCGAUCAGCUUCAAGCAAACUGGAACAAAGAAAAAGCAAAGUGCAACAGAAAUCACAAAAAGCCUAGACUUUGGAAAUGCGUCAUAAAGUUGAUCUCGGUAAAAGAUGCCAUAAUUAUUGUAUCCACGGAUGCUUUGCGUUCAAUUUCUACCCUUCUUCAACCAUUGCUAUUGGGAUAUCUUAUUUCCAUACUGAUGUCAUCUGAGCCACAAAAAGAUAAUCUUCUGUACGGUUGUACACUUGCUUUGUGCAUAAAUUCUAUCAUAGGAGCUCUUUGUAUGCACCACUAUUUCUACAGAUGUGAGCUGUUGAGUAUCAGAAUUAGUUGCGCCUUAAAAAGUCUAAUCUAUUAUAAGACGCUACUUCUCAGCAAGGAUGCAUUGUUAAAAUUUACGACAGGCCACGUGAUCGACCUUAUAUCAAAUGAUGUUCAGCGAAUGGAGGAAGACACAGUCAUGUGGCUUUACUUAUUGUUUCCUUCCUGCUUUCUCCUCGUUGUGAUAGCAGUGUUACUCGUGUAUUUGAUUGGCUGGCAAUCUCUGAUGGGAGUC